AUGACAGAUGAAGACAUAAUCGAUGUUGUAUGCGACGGCUUGCUGCCUGGGUACCAAUAUUAUGUUCAUCACAAACAAGCAAACAGCCUGAGCGAGCUGCCAGAGGCAUUGAGCUGGCCGGAUGAAUGCGAAGAAGGCAAGCAGCAUCAGCAAUCACAAUCAUCUGCGAUGGCCCCCUCAUCAACCGGAGACGUACAAAUCGUCGUUGAAAGUGCGGUUGCCAAUGCCAUGGACCAGAUCCAAGCCCAAAUGAAGCAAAUGAUGGCCGACAAUGCAAAAUCAACAAGCCUGAUUGAAGCAAUUGAGGAGGAGCUGGAGAGUUUAGCAAUUAACAACACCAAAGCAUCAACAUCAGCAAAAAGACGAAGAGCUGCAGACGACGAAGGAAAAGACGACGAGAAGGAAGAGGACAGAGACAACAAGACGACGACGAUUGCAAAAUUUGGAAAAGGCUAG